GCGAAAGGGAAGGCUCGUUACAAAGGCUACUUAUAUAGCCUCCUCGUAGGUUGAUCCCGGAGUCGCAGGCCGUUGUUUUGUGCCUCACAGACCACAGCCAGCCGCCAUGACGUUCGCCAUCGUCGCCGUGCUGCUGGGAUCUCUUGGCGGUGGUGGUGAAACUCCCGUGCAGUUUCUUCCUAUGCUCAGAUGCGAUAGUAACCACACUGCUGAUAUAAUGCGUGUGACGACAAAAGAUGCUGUGGUGAACUCCACCAUGAAGGCCAAGAUCAAGCUGCGCGUCUACGAUACGAUUCUCAAGGACCUGAAACUGAGAUUGACUAUGUUCACACCGGAGGGCCACAUCGUGCCAUGCAUUGACGGCUUCGGAAGCUGCACGCACGACUUCUGCAAUACGAACAAGAACACGACGAUGCUCUUGGGCAACGGAACCGAGCCCGAUUACGGCGUCCAGUGCCCCGUGCGCCCGGGUACCUAUUACCGCACGCUGGAUUUCAAGCUUUCGCCCAAGCUCACCAAACACAUUGGCAACGGUGAGCUUCUCGGGACUAUGCAACUUGAGAGCGGAAGAAAGGUGGUCGCAUGCCAGGCCUAUUACAUGAUGCUCUACCCUAAGAGGCCUACAGCAAAGGAAUGGUACUAGACGGCGCUGCCAGCAAAACUUGCCCCAUAGCCUCACCAGGACGGUUCACAGCUGCGCAACUCAAUAAAUUGACAAUACGAUCGACAUGGAAGCAAACAGUCGCUUGCUUUACACGCCAA